AUGAGCGGCAAGUAUGCGGUCAAGAACCGGGCGCCGGCGCCGAUCCAGAUCACGGCGGAGCAGCUCCUGCGCGAGGCCCACGACCGCGGCGGCGGCAGCAGCCACGGCCAGAAGCAGCGGUCCCAGAUCACGGACCCCGAGGAGCUGCGGGAGCACCGCAUGAACAAGCGCAAGGAGUUCGAGGACGCGAUCCGCAUGAACCGCGUGCACCUCGGCAACUACGUCAAGUACGCCAAGUGGGAGGAGGCGCAGGAGGAGUUCGAGCGGAGCCGGUCCGUCUUCGAGCGCGCGCUCGACAUCGACCACCGGUCGCAGUCGCUGUGGCUCAAGUACGCGGAGAUGGAGAUGCGGAACAAGUUCGUGAACCACGCGCGGAACGUCUGGGACCGCGCGGUCACGUUGCUCCCGCGCGUGGACCAGUUCUGGUACAAGUACACCUACAUGGAGGAGAUGGUCGAGAAUUAUGCGGUCUGCCGGUCGCUCUUCGAGCGGUGGAUGGCCUGGGAGCCCGACGACAAGGCCUGGCACGCGUACGCGGCGUUCGAGGAGCGGCGCAAGGACGCGCGGCGCGCCCGCGACGUCCUCGAGCGCUUCGUCGCGUGCCACCCGCGGCUCGCGUCCUACCUCAAGUACGCGCGCUGGGAGGAGCGGCAGAACCAGAUCCCGCUCGCGCGCCAGGUCUACGAGCGCGCGCUCGGCGAGCUCGGCGAGUGGGAGCUCGAGGACGGCGAGGAGGCCAAGCUCUACGGCGCCUUCGCGCGCUUCGAGGAGCAGCAGCGCGAGUUCGCGCGGUGCCGGGCCAUCUACGCCUUCGCGGCCACGAAGCUCGACCGCGCGGACUUCCCCGAGCUCCACGACGCCUACCUGCGCUUCGAGAAGAAGCACGGCGCCGUCGACGACGUCGAGCGCCACGUCGCCGAGUCGCGGCGCCGCGACUACGAGGCCCGGGUGUCGUCCCAGCCGCGGGACUACGACGCCUGGUUCGAUUUGGUGCGGUUGGAGGAGGGCCGCGCGGCGGACUUGGGGUUCGACGAGUCGGCCGUGGACGCGGUGCGCGACGCGUACGAGCGCGCGGUGUCGCAUCUGCCGCCGCCGGAGAAGAAGUACUGGCGCCGCUACGUGUAUCUGUGGUUGAACUACGCGUGCUUCGAGGAGCUCGAGGCCGGGGAUCUCGCGCGCGCGCGCGCGGUCUACCGCGCGGCGCUCGACGUCGUGCCCCACGACCGCUUCACCUUCGGCAAGCUCUGGCUCGGCGCCGCGCACCUCGAGGUGCGCGCGGGCGACCUGGCGGCGGCGCGCAAGGUGCUCGGCGAGGCUUUAGGGCGGUGCCGGCGGCUCGCGAAGCCGAAGCUCUACGCGGGCUACGCGCAUUUGGAGCGGCAGCUCGGCGAGGUCGACCGCUGCCGCACGAUCUACGGCAAGUGGGUCGAGGCCGACCCGGCGUCGUCCGCGGCCUGGGCGGCCUUUGGGGACCUGGAGCACGCCGUCGGCGAGCAGGACCGCGCGCGCGCGGUCUACGAGCUCGCGCUCAAGCAGCCCGAGCUCGACAAGCCCGAGGCCGUGUGGAAGAAGUACGUCGACCUCGAGAUCUUCCUCGAGAACAACCCGGACGAGGACGACGGCGACGGCGCCGCGGGCGGGCCGCCGCGCGCCGCGACGCUCUACGAGCGGCUCCUCGAGCGCACGGGCCACGUCAAGGUCUACCUGUCCUACGCGGCCUACGAGGAGGCCGCGCCCGCGGGGCCGGGCCGCGGCGCCGCGGACGCGCGGACGCGCGCGCGCGACGUCUUCGGCCGGGGCCACGCGGCGCUCAAGGGCGGCGCGGCCGAGGACCGCGUCGCGCUGCUCGACGCGUGGGCGGCCUUCGAGCAGCGCCACGCGGCCGCCGAGGGGCCGGACAAGCUCGCGCACGCGCGGAGCCUCUUCCCCCGCAAGGUCAAGAAGCGGCGGCCCCGCGACGACGACCCGGAGGCCACGGAGGAGUACUACGACUUCAUCUUCCCGGACGACGCGAAGCCCAACGUCAACCUCAAGAUCCUCGAGAUGGCGAAGAAGUGGAAGGAGGCGACGAAGAAGCGGCCCCGGGACGAGGAGGCCUAA